CGUCGCGCGCGUGGCGCGCACGGAUCCCGCACCGCCGCCAUCUGCAGGCUACGUGCUCGCUGGCGCUCGCGCUAUCGCGGAUAUGUAGAAUGAAAACAACAGUGUCGAACAGUUGUCAAAUACAGAUGCAUGUAGACCAGCCGUUCUGACCGGGGCACGCGAUAACGUGACUUGACCGUAAGAUGGCCGAGAAUGAAUUUGUAUCCGACGGCGACGAGUGCCUCGUCACGGAGGCUAUUAACUUGGACAUCGAGGAGUUGGAUAACAUGGAGUAUGCCAUACCAAUCGUGGACGAAUUACCCACCUUGGAGAGCAUACUGAUGGAGCCCGAUUACGAGUCACUGUCGGAAACGGAGGACGACGCCGGCGUGCCGUCGGGCGAGAAGCUCGGCAGCAGCGAGACAACCAGUAUCGGCAGUCACCUGUCGCUCAACUCGCUAAACAAAUCCUCUAAGACCGCUCAGAGGCUGGCCUCGGGUGUUAUCUUAAGGCAUGUCAUACUCAAAGGAAUAACAUCACAAAUUGUAUCGGCCAAUGAGAGGGUCAACGCCGGCUUGGCUAGCGCGGUCGCGGCCGGAGGGAACAUGCUGAUAAUCGGCACCAGUCACGGUUUGAUACUCGGCUUCGACUCGUCGCAGACACUGCGAUGGUGCGAUCAGGAGACGAGGCACCAAGGCUCGGUCUCCGCCCUCUGCUUCAACCACGACGGCAGCAGAGUGCUGGCCGGUUUCGUCCGAGGGCACAUCUUGAUGCUGGACAGCAGCAAUGGCAAGGUUUUGAGGACCCUCACCGACGUACAUCCGCUCGACACUGCUGUGUUACACGUUAAGUUUACAGAUUCGCCGAAGAUAGCCCUGUGCAGCGACAGCGGUGGCUCGGUGUUCGAGCUGAAUUUCACCAGAGUGAUGGGCGUGCGAGGCUGCGACAGCAGGUGCUUGUUCAGCGGCUCCAAGGGAGAAGUGUGCACCCUGGAGCCCCUGCUGUUGAACCAUUUGCCGUCGCACCCGCUGAAAAAUUAUACAUUGGUAGCAAUGGCGACGUUGUCGAAGGUAAUUGUAGUCUGCAUAAGACCGCGAAUGCGCGUUGUCUUGAGUCACCCGUUGACCGGCGCUGCGGUGGCACCACCGCAACUGUCUUGGCAACUAGUUGUCAUACAAACGGCCGACGGCACUCGCGUGAUCGACCCGGUGCUGGCGCUUGCGAGGGACAACGUGGUGUACUUUUAUCAAGUGUACACGGAAAUUGGUACGCGGGUAAAACUGUCGCCCCUUCGAAGGAUGACGCUACCGUAUAUGAUAAGCAAUUUGAGGUGGUUAAAUCCGAGAUCUCUCGUGGUACUGGACGCUCAAGAGAAGCUGCAUUUGUUGGACGUGAGAGCGCAGGAUAACUUGGAGACGUUGGACAUGAGUCGCGUCGGCAUUUCUUACGCUUCUAGUCAUUUUAAGGGAUUGUCCACCGGCGGAAACGUUUCCAAGGCCAUGGCGUUAGCCGGUGAGCGCGCGUGCUACAACACCGUAGUGGUCUUCGGUACGCAGCUGUUGUUAUUAGGUACAAAGAGUUUACAUGUGAUAUGUAUGAGAACGUGGACUGAGAGGCUGCAACAUCUGAUCAUGCAGAAACGUUUCCCCGAGGCGUUGGCACUGGGCCUUUCGUUUUAUCAGGACAAAGGCAAGGCGGUUAUCGGGCUGCGAGGCUCUAAGCAACGUCGCAGGCAAAUAGCGCGCGAAAGGGUUUGCGAGGUACUGGUGCAGUACAUGGACGAGUUAAAUCAGUGUUUGGUGGACGAGAAUGUGGACUACGACACGAUAGUGCUCACCUGCGUCGAUUACUGCAUUCAACUGGAGAAUAUAGAUUUGCUGUUCGGAAAGUUGUGGGACAUAGUCUACGAGUCGGAAGGACUGAAAACUAGUUACCUGCACGCCCUCGAGGCUCCUCUGCUGGACGGAAGUCUUCCACCGAGGCUGCCGCCGCUGAUCGCCCAGCAAUUGGUCACUCUUUACGACCAAGAAAACAAAAUAGAUUCGCUGGAGGCGAUCGUGGUUCUACUCAAUGUGGAUUGCUUAGAUAUUCAUCAAGUUACGACAAUCUGUCGCCAGCGCGGACUUUGGGAGGCGCUGAUUUAUCUGCAGACAACAGCGUUGGGCGAUUUCACUGCGCCCAUUCAUCAGCUGGUACCGGUACUUCAGAAUUUAUUGCAGGAUUCCGUAACCGCCCUUUCCCGAGACUGUAUAAAACUCGGCAACGCUAUUCUAGUUUACACUAGCUGCUGCCUCGCUGGUCGCGGAUUUCCCAAGGACGAGCUCCCCGAAGGCAUGCCGCAGAAAGCGAAAGCGGACAUACUGCGAGCCCUGUUGUCCCAGCACUCCAGCUUGGCGAAUGACAUGGAGAGGCAGUAUCCGUACCUGAGAACGUUGCUGCAAUUCGACGCCAAGGGCUUCCUCGAUGUUAUAGCCAUCGCAUUUCAGGAGCCGGAAUUUACCUCCGAAAUGGGCCUCCGGCACAGACAGAGGCUCAUAGACAUCUUGUUGAGCAUCGUUCUGCCGAGCACGCCGCUUACCCCGAAAAAUAUCGAUUACAUCACGACGGAACAGCAGUUUCUGGUUCUCAUAUUCGUCGCAAACGAAGUGUCUGAAAACACCGUUACGCUAGAGUCUAGUAUAUUGAAUAGAAUGAUAGAUAUAUUGUGCAUCGACUCGCACGUAGAACUGUCCAAGGACUUUAAGGCUGAGAGAGAGAGCGCCGUGUUGGGGUUGCUGCAUUCUAAAAAGUUGUGCAAUAUUUCUGAUAACACUUUAUUAAAUUUAGCAAAUAGAGCGAGUUUCAUAAGGGUCGCGGAAUUGCUGUACAGCGCGCGAGAGGAUUGGGUGGCGGUAUGUAAAUGCAUGAUCUUGGAGCCAUCGAGGCAUCACGACAUGUGGCCCUGGCUCGAGCAUCUGCCGACCGUCUCGUUGGACCAAGCGAUAUCGACUCACGCCCAGACUCUCGUGACGAUCAACGCCAAUCAGUUCGCCACGAUUGUCGCGGCCCGAUUGCAAAACAAGAUCGACGCGAUACUGCACGGUCUCGUCGAUAACGUCAGCUUGGAAUACAAGCUGCUAGGAGCGUUGUAUCAGGUCGCGCAGUACAAGGAGGAGGACGUUUCCUUGGAAUUGACGACCGAACACCUGGAGAGAUAUCUAGCGCUGAUGUGCGAGUUGGAGCCGGCGCGCGUGGUUCGUCAUUUACACGGGCCGCACGGUUGUAGAUUGGACGAGGCGUUGAAGAUCGUCCAGAGGUGGAAUUGUAAGGACGCGGAGGCGACGAUGCUGGAGAAACUGGGCAAUUACCAGGACGCGUUCGAUCUUCUGCUGAAAGAGUUUGAAACUCGGCUGGAGAUGUAUCGGCAAGACAAGGCUUCGGAAAGCGAGACGGUGCACGCCGCCAUUCAGCUCGCGGGGAUAUGUCGGAGAUCGGCGGGCAAUCUCGAUUGGAUGCCCCUCGUGGAAGUUAUGUUUCGCACGCAUUCGGACAACAACAGGCAGAAGGCGGACGUGUUGAACGGCAAGUUGUUGAGAUUAAUUCUGGAAUCUCUGAGUGGCACGUCGAUACUGUCCAACAUACUGGAGCAGAUCCUGAGAAAUCCAUCGGCAACGAGCGGAACGAUGGGCGACAUACGGCAACUGCUGUCCGGAGUCCUCAUUCAGUCGCGAUACGAGCAAACCCUAGUCGAAACUACCGCGCGAUUAGUGAGCUUGGAACUUCACAAGGCGCUGGAAAAAUCCUUGAGGGACGCCGGUAGAGCAUGCGGCAACGUUUCCGUAACUUGCCCCGUGUGCAGACAGCCGCUGUCCAAUUGUUCCGAUCACGUAGUCGUGUUCAGCUGCGGCCAUGGAUACCAUUCCACGUGUAUCGGCGAGCCUAAGUCAUGUUACAAAUGCCUCAAUACGAAAGGAUGGGCGCCCAUCGCUACCAACGUCACGCACGCCGUUCCGCAGCCUCCGCCGAGAAAGAAACAGCUUCUUCCGCCAGAAUUCCUACGUCACAAAGACCUCGCGCUAAGAUUGGCACCGUCCUGCUCCAUCCCCGACCUCGAGGGCAUCUUUUAAAUCUAGUCUUCGACUGUCGAGAAAACGACGAUCGUGCGUACGAGCGGAGCUCCGAUAACGGUGUCCCAGAUAGCGAGCGACUGCCCACAUGAAUCUUGGAACAUUUUUCACGAACCUGUACAAUCGAUACGCCAAAUCCUGUAAAUACUUGUACGAGAAAUGCAUAAAUGUAAAAUACAAAAGCCUCACCUGUU